AUAUAGCCUGAGAGAGAGAGAGAGAGAGAGAGUUCAAUGUUCUGCCAUGACCAAUGGCUAUCACAGGCUCCGAGACUCACUCAACCAACACCAAAGCCCCUCCUUCAAUGGAAGUCUUGUCGGUAAAAUGUGACUCCUGCGGGUUCACGGAAGAGUGUACCCCUGCAUACAUUCUUCGCGUCCGGGACAGGUACCAAGGGCGAUGGAUAUGUGGGCUUUGCGUUGAAGCCGUGAAAGACGAGGUGCUGAGAUCAGACAGGCUCAUCUCCACCGAGGAAGCGCUCAAUCGCCACAUCACUUUCUACAAGAAGUUCAGAUCCUCGCGUUCGCUGAAAGAGGCAGAGCAUGAGCACCCUAUCUCUGCCAUGGGCAGACUUCUCAGGCGAAGCUUGGACUGCCCAAGACCGCUCCGGUCCAGUUCCAGCACUGAUUUGCAUGUGGUUCAAAGGGUUCCUAGUUCGGGUCUGGUUCGGUCCGGAAGUUGUGUCCCUUCUCUUUCCCGUUGAUGGGUUAUUGUAAUUUCACAGUUAUAAGGUAAAUAUGAAGCAGAGGAACUCUGUUUUUUUUUCUUUGUUCUUUUUUUUUUUUUUCUUUCUCUCUAGUGGCUUUGUCAAAGUGGUAUGUUUUUAGAAAAUGGAUGCUGAUUCUCAUAAGAUUUUCCUUUUUUAUUGUCUUGACUUUUUCAUUUUGUGUAUAUAAUAUAUUUGACAGACCAGUGCUAAACCUAUGAGUUUUGCUGUU